CUUUUUUCAAUGCUUUAGGUGUUUUAUAAUCCUCUGGCGGACUCUGGUAUGCUGACCGAACAGGAACUAAGUACUGUGUUUAUCAACUGGAAAGAGCUCAUUUGGUGCAACAUGAGACUACUCAAGGCGUUUCUUAUUCGCAAGAAAAUGAGCAGCAGCGUCGCUAUUACCUCGAUUGGUGACAUCCUCUGUGAGAUGCUGCCCCGUCUCACGCCGUACGUCAGAUUCUGUAGCUGUCAGUUGAAAGCUUGUCAGUUGCUACAAAACAAGAUUGAAACAAACCCAGACUUCAAACAACUAGAAAAGAAAUGUAGCGCGGAUCCUCGAGCAAAGGGUCUUCCUUUGAGCAGCUAUCUACUGAAGCCUCUGCAGAGAAUUUGUAAAUAUCCUCUUCUGAUAAGAGAAAUUUUAAAGUUUACGCCCGAGAAUCACUUUGACAGAAUCAAUUUAGAAACUGCGCUUGAAAAAGCUGAAGACCUCUGCCAACAGGUCAAUGAAGGUGUUCGAUCGCAAGAGAAUACUGAUCGCCUGGAAUGGCUUCAAACACAUGUGAACCUUGAAAGCAUUGGAGAGCGAUUAGUUUUUAAUUCCACAACAAAUUGCCUGGGACCGCGAAAACUCUUACACUCUGGAACACUUUGGAAGGUAAUACUUUUUUUGUGAUCAGUGAUGGCCCGGGGUAUGCAAUCGAUGGAAAUCGAUGAUCGAAAAACCAA